GCGUCACAUGAAGGGUGUUUCCUGCAUGCUGGACGUCCAUAAUUAAUGACCAAACACAGCAACCAAUCACUGCGACUCAUGCUAAUAAGGAGGCUCUCUAAGCCUCCAGGACAUUCCUUAUGAAUCGGCGCUUUGCACACUAACCGGAUUUCAGCGGCACACAAGUUGGAGGAAGCUACUGAUCUCGGUCAACUUAAACUUUUCCUUCCUAGAACCUCCAGUUUUUAACUAGACCUGAUCCAGGCACUGACUCUACGAGGAACAUACGGAUUUUGGUGUGCCUGGAAGAGGACUGUCUCAUUCUCUUUUUGUUAAUUACUUUUUUCCACCCAUUUUUUUCUGAGUUUGGACUGAAAUGUCUGGAGCUUCGGAUCAGACUCGGCGGUUCUGUGUGUUGUCGUGGGAUCAGGUGCAGCGAUUGGACUCGAUCCUGGGGGAGGCUGUCCCCAUCCACGGCAGAGGAAACUUCCCCACUCUGUCCGUGCAACCCCGUCAGAUCGUCCAGGUGGUGCGAGCGAGGCUUGAGGAGAGAGGAAUUUGUGUGAAGGACGUGAGGCUUAACGGCUCUGCAGCCAGCCACGUACUCCAUCAGGAAAACGGCCUGGGCUACAAGGACCUCGACCUGAUCUUCGGGGUGUCGCUAAAGGAUGACCAGGCCUUCCGCCUGGUGAAAGAUGUCGUCCUGGACUGCCUGUUGGAUUUUUUGCCGGCUGGGGUAUCUAAGGAGCGCAUCACGGCGCUGACCCUCAAGGAAGCAUAUGUGCAGAAACUUGUAAAAGUUUGCAAUGACACGGACCGCUGGAGUCUCAUCUCGCUGUCCAAUAACAUGGGCAAGAACGUGGAGCUUAAGUUUGUGGACUCUCUGAGACGGCAGUUUGAAUUCAGUGUGGACUCCUUCCAGAUUUGUCUGGACUCUCUGCUUUUGUUUGACCGGUGCUCGGAGACUCCCAUGUCUGAGAGCUUUCACCCCACUGUUAUCGGGGAGAGUGUGUACGGCGACUUCCAGGAAGCUAUGGAUCAUCUGUGUCAGAGGACCAUAGCGACACGAAGUCCCGAGGAAAUUAGGGGUGGUGGCUUGUUGAAGUACUGCCAUCUACUGGUGAGGGGCUUCACGCCCUCCUCUGAAGCGGACAUGAAGCAGAUGCAGCGCUACAUGUGCUCGCGCUUCUUCAUUGACUUCCCUGACAUAGGCGAGCAGCAGAGGAAGCUGGAGGCUUAUUUACAGAACCACUUUGCUGGCAUGGAACACAAACGCUACGAGUGCCUGAUGACUCUGCACCAUGUCGUGAAUGAGAGUACUGUGUGUCUGAUGAGCCAUGAGCGACGUCAGACGCUCAGUCUCAUCUCCAUGCUGGGGUUGAAGGUGCUCGCUGAACAGAAUGCCAUCCCAACUGUGACAAACGUCACGUGUUACUACCAGCCAGCACCUUAUGUGCAGGACAUUAACUUCAGUAAUUAUUACAUUGCACACGUGCAAGCACCGCAGAUCACGCACUGUAGUAAUUCAUAUCAAACAUGGCUGCCCUGUAGCUGAGCCCGUGUCUCCAUCAUCGCUGUGUCAGAGGAACAGGGUAUGAAACCUAGGUUUGCCAAAUGUGACUUGAUUUAAACAAUCCUGUACUGCUGUACGUCCGAUUGAGCUGACAAAUAAAAUGUCCUCACUAGUUGUUUUUUUCAGAUGCAAAAUCAUCUGUAAGAUUGCUGGUCAUUUCUAAGAUGUAGCUUUAAUAUUUUAUUUAAAUAUAAAAGAAAAUAAGAUCAUAUGUUUCAAAAAUACAUGUUUUGAUGAAAUAAACAUUGACGCUGGUGUUAUUUUCUUACAUUUCAAAAAAUAAAAAAUACAAUUACUUACUGGACCAAAGAUGUAUUUUUUUUCUGUUCUGAAAGGAAGCAAUGCUUUAAUUCCUUGUGCCUAAAAAGAACCACAAAAUGUUUGAAAAACAUUUGUAAAACGACUGUGAAAUCAGUGUUUUCUAGAUUCUCUCUUUUCUGAAACAUAAGCAUUCAUUUUUGUGACAAUAAAAAAAGAAAAACCUUG